CCAGCAUAUGCUGACUGAAAUGAUCCCCGCAGGAAUCAAAUGCUCACAGACGAGCAGAAACCGCUGAGCCGAGAACAUUCCUGCAGCUCAACACUUCACUCUGACAGCUCAGUCUCCUGUUAGGAAUGGAACGAGAACUCAUCCUGCUGGUUGCUGCAUUGAUGGUUUAUGUGGCUUCAGGUGUCCAAGGAACGUCUCAUCUGUCAUUUGCCAAUAACACACAGGUGAACAUCACCAGGGCUGGUUGUGGAGUCACUAAACUGUGCGUGGAGACACCAGAUUACUGCGACCCUACCGGAAACAACAGCUGUCUGUUUUCGUCUGUGGGCGCCAGCGCCCCACUGGCUCCUAAUGGCAUUGACCUGUCUUUUGAACUCCGGGGAGACUCCAUGGGAUACAUCGCUCUGGGACUUACUGAGAAUGCUACAGAGGGCACCAGCUUGCUUUUCAUCUGUGCUCAAAACAGCUCGGACAAUGGGACGUUCUUCUUCAGGACAAUGCAGAGAAACAACACUGACAAUGCACUCACCGCAGCAGAGAAGACGGUGAGAGAAAUUCAAGGCUUGGUGAAAGACAAUGUAAUCCGGUGUGAGUUCAAUGUGAAUGUGAACAUCACCAUGACCAGGUCAAGCUAUGCUUCCACUUUCUCCGUCCUCCUCGGGAAUGGAAGUAUUGAUGACAAUGAGCUUAGUUCCUUCAACAUCCUCCUGAACAGGUCUCUGAACCUCGCCAACCUGACCAGCAACAUCAACACCACACCUGCACCCAAUGUCACCGUGGCACCCAGCAAUGUCACCAUGACACCCAGCACCAAUACGACAUCAGGAUCCAGUGGACCUGUCCACCAUCAUGCUGUGCUCCUGCUCAGCGUCCUCUCACUGUCCGUCAAGCUGACAGUCUGAAAGUCCGGCGGGACGUCGUGGCCAGUUGGAUACAAUGAAGACGGCCCACAUGCUGGCUUCACGUGUGUCAGCACACUGUAUAGAAUGUUUUUACUGAACUUAUUCAGACACGUUUAAAGUAUCUUUUGCACUGUUUGUACUUCAGAUGUACUUUGAGCUGAGGCUCCAGCUAAAAGUUAAUGAUAUUCAUUUUACUUGCAAACACUGCUUGUGGUUGAAGUAACGAAAUAACCUCUGGCAAAUUUACAGACUUUGGUAGAACUAGUUUGAGCUGUACCUAUGAAGCAAAAGUCAACUGACAAACAGCCAAAAUCCUUCCAGGGAAAACCAGCCCGAGCUGUUUAUUAUGUUUUAACAUUUAUAUGUGAAUGUACUGUGACUGUAAAAUAUUUGAAGGGACAGCUAAAAAUGUCCGCAUAACCUAUAAUUCUAAUAAAAUUUUAAUGAUG